UAGUUUUCUCUUGGGUGCCUUAUCUUCUUGCAAUGGGUCAGGCCGGGACCCUUGAUGAGGACCGAAGUAACUUAGUGGGGUUCGAUCCGUGCUGUAGUAUGGAUGCCUUAUCGUGAAAAAGGAAACAAGGAAAAACCCUAGCCGCUAUGCCGAUAGACUUUGACGGCGAGAUCUCCUUGACACGGUUUUUGGAAAUUUUCCGGAAAAGGAAUAUAUGAGAUUUUCCGAUUUUUCCACUCCCUUCCUUUUUCUUUUGAUGAACAUUUUUUGCCGAUUUUCCUUUCCCCUUUGGUGAUUAAAUGGAAAUUCCUUCCAGGUAUAUAUAUGAAUAUUCCGGCACUUUUCAAUGACAUAGAUCCGAGUCAGAACCAUCACCCUUGCUUGAGAAGAAUGUCGAACGACCAGACCCACUUUGGAGCGAUUCCAGAUUCUCAUGUCGGUGGUCAUGCUAGGCCUCGGUACCUCUUCGGUGAUCCCUUCGCCUCGCCUAUUCUGACUCCAGGAGCGGCUUCGAGAGUGGGUAGUGAAGAUGCUCCCAUGGCUCCCUUGCGGCAGCGUCGCUUUUGUUCUUUUGGUGAUGAGGGCGAGGAUGAUCCGAUAUCGGACAUCAGGCAGGGAGAUCUGAUGGGGAUCCGUAGGAAGUAUUCUCUUCCUGACUCGGUGGAACUACGAUGUGCGGGUGAAUUUGAACGCGCUCGUGAUGGAGGUACCGACGAGAUAGCCAUCUUCGAAGCGUACCUAGAAGCAUGCUUCAGGGGGGACAUUCCUUCAUUGGUCGUGGAAGUAGCGUCUUACUUUGGGGUCUCUCCUUCGCAGUUCACGCCGGCAACGUGGCGUACCCUGAUGGCGAUUCAAGUGUUGGGUGAAUUUCACAGCAUUCCCUUCGGACUACCUGAAAUUUCGUACUCCUACUCCUUCAUUCCCUUAUCGAACAAGAAAGCUUUUUAUCAGAUCUGGUCUCGUGAUGGUGAACCUUUGGUAGGCGAACCUCCUAGGGGAGUCCGGGGAAGUUUCCCUUCAAACGACUUCUGGAACAAGAGAUAUGUGUUCAUGAAGGUUAAUGGUGUUCCGCGCUAUCCUCUCUUUUAGCGAUCCGUUGGUAUGCCCCCCUUAUUAUUUUUAGAUAACUUUUGCGUCGCUAUCCCACCUCACGUAAUGUUUUUGCAGAGAUCUUCCGACCGGUAUUCCCUGCUGAUGAGAUUAUGGUGAAGCUGGCAAGGGACAUUCCCAGGCAAUACCGUUGGAUUUUAUUUCUGAUGAGCCGGAUGUCUUUAUGCCAUUGUCGUAUUUGGGGGCCAAUCCUCAGAGGAGACGAUCUUAUGCAUCGCCUUCUUUUGUCUCUUCAGUUGCGACUUCCUCGACCCUGAGGAAUGCAGGAAAUAACAGAUUGUUUGGUCCACGCCGGCGU